AAGUUCCUGGAGCUGCAUCCCCAACUCUCUGUUAUCAGGCCCUUUCUACCUGCCAGGCUCAUCUCGUCGCCCUUCAUUCUCAUUCUUAAUACUUGUCUGUUCUUUGGGGCUUCUCUUGUAUUAUAAUCGCAGCAUUUAGGCGCCAUGGUUGCCUCUGCUGUCCGGAUGCGCACUCCAAGCGCCAUGUUUCUGUCCAAGGGUGCCUCCUGCUUGAGGAGGCCCCAAGUUGCUCACAGAUUUAAGGAUGUUGUCCAACCUCAAUUGCCUGCCUUGUCCGCUCUUUCCCGCUUCUAUGCCUCCAAGUCCUUCCCUCCCCACACUCUCAUCAGCAUGCCUGCUUUGUCGCCGACAAUGACUGCAGGAAACAUCGGUGCAUGGCAGAAGAAGGCCGGUGACUCUCUGCAACCCGGUGAUGUCCUGGUGGAAAUUGAAACCGACAAGGCACAAAUGGACUUUGAAUUCCAAGAAGAAGGUGUUCUGGCCAAGGUCUUGAAAGAAUCUGGUGAUAAGGACGUCUCCGUUGGUGCUCCCAUCGCUGUCUUGGUUGAGGAGGGAACCGACGUUGCGUCGUUCGAGUCAUUCAGCAUCGAGGAUGCCGGCGGUGACAAGGGUGCUGCCCCAGCCCAGGAAAGCAAGGAGACCAAGGCUGAUGCUGCCCCGGCUCCAUCGACUUCGGAGCCCGAACCCGUUGCCCAGGAGCCCGACACCACUGGCGAGAAGCUCCAGCCCAGUCUCGACCGUGAGCCUCAAAUUAGCCCAGCUGCCAAGGCUUUGGCCCUCGAGAAGGGUGUGUCUAUCAAGGGCCUCAAGGGCACCGGACGAGGUGGCCAGAUCACCAAGGAGGAUGUUGAGAAGUUCAAGUCUACCGCCCCUGCUGCCAGCGCUGGCGCAAGCUACGAGGACAUUCCUCUCACUUCCAUGCGCAAGACAAUUGCUAGCCGCCUUCAGCAGUCCAUGAGAGAGAACCCCCACUACUUCGUCUCGACCACCCUGUCGGUGACCAAGCUCCAGAAGCUUCGCCAGGCUCUCAACGCCUCCGCUGAUGGCAAGUACAAGCUUUCCGUUAACGACUUCCUCGUCAAGGCUUGUGCUGCCGCUCUUCUGAAGGUCCCUGCUGUCAACUCUAGCUGGCGCGAGGAGAACGGCCAGGUUGUCAUCCGUCAACACAACACCGCUGACAUUAGCGUUGCUGUUGCUACCCCCGCUGGUCUCAUCACCCCCGUUGUGAAGAACGCACAGAGCCUCGGUCUCUCUAGCAUCUCUAACCAGAUCAAGGACCUUGGUAAGCGUGCCCGUGACAACAAGCUCAAGCCAGAGGAGUACCAGGGAGGUACUUUCACCAUUAGCAACAUGGGCAUGAACGACGCUGUUGAGAGAUUCACUGCUGUCAUCAACCCCCCUCAGGCCGGUAUCUUGGCUGUUGGCACUACUCGCAAGGUCGCUGUUCCCGUCGAGACCGAGGAAGGCACUGCUGUUGAGUGGGAUGACCAGAUUGUCGUGACCGGCAGCUUCGACCACAAGGUCGUUGAUGGCGCUGUUGGUGGAGAAUGGAUCAAGCAGCUGAAGAAGAUUGUUGAGAACCCCUUGGAGCUUCUUCUUUAGAUUCCUUUUGGCUAUUUAGAAAUCCAUGACCUACCCAGAUGAGCUGUUUGUGAUCGGAGGUUCUAUUUAGUCUUGUUUUAAUAUGUAUUCAAAACAAACUUGUUUCUCAUUUUUACCAUCCCUGGUGUGUUCACGUUUUUACAGCAAAGUUCAAAUACAAUUUCCUAUGUCUUGAUGAUGCUUGGGUCCAGGAACAAUGAUGCGCAAGCAGGCAUCUAAUUUUUAAAAGCCGUUGGACUAUGAAGCUAAACGACACAAGCACUCCAUACACCAGUUUGAAGCAAGCUUCCUGGUAUUGUAGAUAAAUGCGAUUAAUCUCAUGGUCAGGCUAGAACAAAACCCAAAUGUGGUGGCUUGGGGUGUUCUGUUCCUCAUCCACACGUGC